CAGAAGUUGAGAGAAGAAGAAAAAAAGUUAGCUAGGUUAGUGAGAGGGCUGUGAUUUUCAAAGCGCAGGACAGUCACUACCAAUGUCUGCGUUAGAAGAGCCGUAAACUUUUAGGGAAGUCACACGAACAGCGCUGUUAAAGAGUUCAGACACUUUAUAAAAAGUUUAAAGGAUAAAGUUCAGUAGAUAUGCUUGUUUCCACAUAUAUUGGGGUGUUUUUGGGAAGAAGAAAAACACUGCGUUGCCUACUUUUUUUCGCAAGGCUUGGAUAAUUAAUAAAGUGGACGGACAGAAAACGGCUGUUUGGAUCUAACUUUUCGGCGUUUUAUGGUUGCAGUCAACUUUCCUGUUUACACUAUUUCAGUCGGAUAGAAAGCAGAGCUCUAUUUUAUUUGGAGUCAUGGAUCCGAGCCAGCACAACCCUCCUGUCGGCCAUCAGAUCGUCCAUGUUCGGGGAGACUCCGAGACCGAUCUGGAGGCUCUUUUUAACGCUGUGAUGAACCCGAAAAACACCAUCGUCCCCCCUUCCGUGCCGAUGAGGAUGAGAAAGCUGCCAGACUCAUUCUUCAAGCCGCCAGAGCCAAAGUCCCACUCCAGACAAGCCAGCACAGAUGCAGGUACUGCUGGCACCCUCACGCCCCAGCACGUCAGGGCACACUCCUCGCCGGCCUCCCUGCAGAUGGGUGCCAUUUCCCCAGGCACGCUGAGCAGCAUGGGUCCUGCCCCACCUCAGCACCUCCGCCAGUCCUCGUACGAGAUACCCGAUGAUGUGCCGCUGCCCCCAGGUUGGGAGAUGGCCAAGACCCCUUCGGGACAGAGAUACUUCUUAAACCAUCAUGACCAGACGACCACCUGGCAGGACCCGCGCAAGGCCCUCCUUCAGAUGAACCAGGCCGCCCCGCCUAGCCCAGUGCCUGUCCAGCAACAGAACAUCAUGAACCCUGCCUCAGGACCUCUUCCUGAAGGCUGGGAGCAAGCUAUUACCUCAGAAGGAGAGAUCUACUACAUCAAUCACAAAAACAAAACCACCUCUUGGCUGGACCCACGACUCGACCCGCGUUACGCUAUGAACCAGCAGCGAAUUUCCCAGAGUGCUCCAGUGAAGCAAGGCUCCCAGUUGCCCUCCAGCCCGCAGAGUGGAGUAAUGGGUGGAAACAACCAGAUCAGACUGCAGCAGAUCCAGAUGGAGAAAGAGAGACUGAGGAUCAAACAAGAGCUCCUCCGCCAGAGACCCCAGGAGCUCGCCCUGAGAAACCAGCUUCCAACCAGCAUGGAGCAGGAUGGCGGCACUCAAAACCCCGUGUCCUCGCCCGGCAUGGGCCAAGACGCCCGUAACAUGACCACCAACAGCUCUGACCCUUUCUUGAACAGUGGGACGUAUCACUCCCGGGACGAGAGCACAGACAGUGGCCUGAGCAUGAGCAGUUACAGCGUCCCUCGCACUCCAGACGACUUCCUCAACAGUGUGGACGAGAUGGAGACAGGCGACACCCUCGGCCCCAGCUCCAUGGCGACGCAGCCCAGCCGUUUUCCCGACUACCUAGACGCCAUCCCGGGUACAGAUGUGGACCUGGGCACCCUGGAGGGGGAGAGCAUGGCGGUGGAGGGCGAGGAGCUGAUGCCCAGCCUGCAGGAGGCCUUGAGCUCCGACAUACUCAAUGACAUGGAGUCUGUGCUGGCAGCGACCAAGAUCGACAAGGAGAACUUUCUAACCUGGCUAUAGAGCGCCUGAAUACUACGCCUUCUCUUCCAACAUGCUGAACUGCUGCCUAAUCCAAUCUGUGAAGGAUGCGUAGAUGCUUUGAGUUGAGAAAAGAAAAGACAUUUCACCCUCUUUGGACAGUUUUUCUCUCCCUAUCUUCCAUUCACUACGUUCGGCCGAAUUGGUUUUAAAAGCUGAGGUAUUUUAACCGUUGGUCCUUUUGUGCUUCUUUUUUCUCAUGUCUUUUUUUCAUGUCUGCAUCCUCAAGGCUGGCCCAUGAACAGACAAGUAUUCACACGUACCCGAUUCUCUUCCACGGCUGUACUGUAUGAUCAGCGUGCGAGUAUGUGAGUUUGUGUUUCCCCUCAUGAACUCCUCGCUGGGCGAACAGGGCCGAUGGGCUCGGGUGUUCCUCGAGAGUGAGCGAU